AUGUCUCUGUCUCAGAAACUGGGUUUGAGUAACAAUCUCUUCUCUUCCAGUUCGCUGCCAGUUAUCAGCAAGUUGCAGUCCCCUCGUCAGCUCAGGCUCUAUGAACCAAACUUGCACGAAGUCCCAGUGCAGAUCUGUGAGUGCCUCCAUCGUUUUGAGUUGCUUGGCCUUUCUGACAAUAAUCUCAAGUGUCUGCCUAAAGAAAGAGUGAAUCUGACAGAACUCAAGGAAAUUUAUCUCAUAAAAAAAAAAAGAUUUAAAAGUUUUCCCAAGGAGCACUGUCAUAUUGCUGGUUUAGAAAUAAGAGAUGUGGGACAAAACCUAAUCAGUCUCAUCCCAGCAGAGGCAGGCUUUUUGACAAACUUAGUUAAGCUAUUUUUAGCUUUUAAUAACUUAUCCUCCAUUCCUCCUACACUGCAACACUGCCAGAAGCUGGUUGUGCUGGAUCUCUCUCCUAAUCUCCUGCACAAACUGCCCUCAAGUUUGAAGAAUCUCGUUGAAAUGAGAGUACUCAGCCUGGCUGCGACGGCCAACAACUGCUGCUGGCCAUCCCUUCCCUGUGUUUAUCUGAGGAACAUUAAACCAUGCACAGUACCCAGCUCCUUCACCAGAUUAACCAGUGUCAGGAUACCAGAUCUGAGUGAAAAUUGCUUUGAUGAGAUUCCUAAAGGAAUAUGCACUAUGAAAAACUUAGAAAUAUUGGCCUUGGAUGGCAAUCAGAUACAGGAGAUACCCGGGGAGUUGUAAGAACUGACAAAUUUGAAAUGCCUUUGCCUGUCUGAAAACCAAUUCAAUAUCUUUCCAAAGGAAAUCUUUCCCCUGAAGCCAUUAGAGAGAUUAUACCUGGGACAAGAUAAAGGAAUUAAAUUCACAAGUCUGCCAGAAGACAUCAGCAAAUUGCAGAAUCUGAAGGAACUGCAUAAUUGUCUGGAGGACCUGCCCACAGCCAUCAUACUGGUCCACUUGACAAUACUUGACUGUUACAACAAUCUCCUCAAACAGCUCCCAGACUCUAUCUGUUUGCUUUUGUGUGUUCAGGUUCAGAACAAUCACCUGUCCCAGCUGCCUCAGGAUUUGGAUAGUCCUCAGCAGCUGGAGCUGGUCCUUGUGGAUGGGAACCCUCUAACAGACCCUCUGACUGAAGUGUGCCACACAUCUACCAUCUGAGCAUGUUUAUGGGAAAAAAGACUUUAAAAGGCCAUGAACUUUAAAAUCCAAAGUUUGUGUCCUGGGUUAAUGAACUCCCAGAAGGGGACUGGACCUUUCUUGCCACAUACGAAUCUAACCAAAAAAAAUAAAGAAGGAAAAGAAAAAAAGGGAAAAGAGAAGCCUGUAAAAGGAUCAGAAGCCAAAAAGUGA